AUGAACCACGCUAAGAUUGUACAGAAUUUCUCAAUUUCUAUCCACGCCAGCCACGAUAAGAAAAUAAAACCCCCCCUCUCUCUACAGUACGAACAUCCACCACGACGUUGGCGCGGGACAGGCCACUCUCUUCACCCCACAAACGACAAAACAGGUCUCUCACGACCUCUCCUCGUAUCCCGCAAAGAUAAUGUCCUUGGCGUCGGAAAGAAACAGCACAAUACCAGCGAUAUGUGGUGGCUGAACGCCUUUGACAAUUCGUUGAAGGGACUUGAUACUUCGAAACAGGGUACGGUUGUGCAGACGGUUACGAGUGGCGGAUUGGAUAUGGUUGCGAAGGGUGGUGGGAGGUUUGUUGGGAAGAAGGGAUUGUAUUCGAGUUUUGUGAGGGGUGAGUGUUUGACUGGAACGCUUGGGAAGGAGAGUACGCCGGAGAGUAGUGGGACGAGCACGCCGGAUAUUCAGGUUGGGGAUAAGGAGAGGGCAAGGAAGCGGAGGAAAAAUGAUGGGUUGGAGACGAAAGGAGAGAGGAGAGAGAGAAAAGCUGCGAAGCGUGCUGCGAGGGCAAAGGAGUCAAUACCGGCAAUUGUUAAGGUUGAGGAGAUUAAGGAAGAUAUUGUAAAUGGGGUCGAGACGAAAGAGGAGCGACGGGAACGAAGACGACUGAAGAAGCUCACAAAAGAGGCAGCUCGGAACUCAGUUGAAGUAUCUUCCGAGAAAGCAAAGAAGAAGAAGAGAAGGAAAGACUGA